AAAAACAACUCAGGUGUGACUCCGGCAGGGUUGUGUGGUACUUGGGUCAAAGAACCUGAUGGAGGGCUUUUCACAUCGCCUAACUAUCCUGAAAAAUAUCCUCCUGACCGUGAAUGCAUAUACAUAAUUGAAGCUUCUCCAAGGCAAUGCAUUGACCUGUAUUUUGAUGAAAAGUAUGCUAUUGAGCCAUCGUGGGAGUGUAAGUUUGACCACAUUGAAGUCAGGGAUGGCCCCUUCAGCUUUUCUCCUAUUAUUGGCCGCUACUGUGGACAAGAGAGCCCGACCUAUGUUAAGUCCAGCGGACGAUACCUUUGGAUAAAAUUUGUGGCAGAUGGUGAACUAGAAGCCAUUGGAUUUUCAGCUUGGUACAAUUUCACCCAAGAUCCUGAUUUCAAAGACCUUGGAGUUCAACCACCUCUUCCUAUUUGUGAAUUUGAGAUGAGCGGGCCAGAGGGGAUUGUGGAGUCAGUAAUGGUUACCAAAGAGGGCAAAGCGUUGCAGACAGAGGCUGUAGACUGCAGGUGGUACAUAAGAGCUCCUCCUGGAUCGAAGAUCUAUUUGCGUUUCCUGGAUUAUGAAAUGCAGAACUCAAACGAGUGCAAGCGUAACUUUGUGGCGGUGUAUGAUGGGAGCAGCUCGGUGGAACACCUAAAGAAUAAAUUCUGCAGCACGGUGGCCAACGACGUGAUGCUGCUGACUUCACUAGGUGUGAUUCGCAUGUGGGCCGAUGAGACCAGCCGCAGGAGCCGGUUCCGUAUCCUCUUCACCACCUUCCACGAGCCUCCCUGUGAAGGAGACUCAUUCUUCUGUCAUGGUAACAUGUGUAUUAACCACACAUUGGUGUGCAAUGGUAUCCAAAACUGUGUCUAUCCUUGGGAUGAGAAUGGUUGCAAAGAAAAAAGAAAAGCCACUAUCCUGGACAGUCUCGACAACACUAAUGUGACCAUUAUAGGCGUGACCUGUGGAGUGGUGAUUAUCCUGCUCACCGUGUCAAUAAUCAUUCAAAUAAAACAGCCACGGAAGAAGUACAUCAUCCGCAGAGAUGAAUUCGACCCUGCAUUGCUGCACGAGGCCUUUGAACCACCAGAAUACGAGCUGUGCACGUUACGGCAAGCAACCUCAUGCGACGGUGAUGUUUUAUCUGAAGACUUCCCCAAACUGCAGCGUACCUCAUCCAAAUGCAUCCAUGGCCACCACUGUGGCUCCCAGGUGUCCAGCACUCGAGGCAGCCGCAGCGAUCUCAGCCUGCGAGAUGCUGCAGCCAUUCUCUCAGACAUGGAGCCAACCAUACAACCUCCAUUUCCUCUGCAAGCCACACCAACUGGCCGCAGGAAUAUCCUAGUGAUGAAGCACAGCUACUCGCACGAUGGGGCUGAAGAGUGCGACCUGGAUGAUGAACUUUAUGAUGGGCCCACCACCAGCCGUGGGCGAGCUGCAGUGGACAGAACUGUGCAUCGGUCAGUAUCCAAUGACUUCUAA